AUGGCUGUGACGCAGUUCAACCCCGCUUGCUCGAAACCUCGUCUUCACUCAUCCCAGCUCUCUUUCCUACCAAGGAAUCUCCCUAGACAUCGCCACUGUUCUUUCGCGCCACUUCGCAGAACUCAACACGCUCGGAUUUCUUGUUCUGUUGCACCAAAUGAAGUGCAGGUGCCAGCUGUGAAAACCCCGGAUCCCAAAAGUAAGGCUGAGUGCUAUGGUGUCUUCUGCCUUACCUAUGAUUUGAGGGCUGAAGAAGAGACAAGAUCCUGGAAGAAAUUAAUUAACAUUGCAGUAUCAGGUGCUGCUGGAAUGAUUGCGAAUCAUCUACUUUUCAAGCUUGCAUCUGGUGAAGUGUUUGGUCCAGAUCAACCUAUUGCUCUCAAGUUAUUGGGAUCAGAAAGGUCAAUCCAAGCUCUUGAAGGUGUUGCAAUGGAACUGGAGGACUCUUUGUUUCCUUUGUUGAGGGAGGUGAGUAUCGGUAUUGAUCCUUAUGAAGUGUUCCAAGAUGCAGAAUGGGCUUUGCUAAUAGGUGCAAAGCCUCGAGGACCUGGAAUGGAGCGAGCAGACUUGUUAGACAUAAAUGGGCAGAUUUAUGCAGCCCAGGGAAGAGCAUUAAAUGCAGUGGCCUCCCGCAAUGUCAAAGUUAUAGUAGUGGGAAACCCUUGCAAUACAAAUGCAUUGAUAUGCUUGAAGAAUGCUCCUAACAUUCCUGCAAAAAAUUUCCACGCUUUGACUCGCCUAGACGAGAACAGAGCAAAAUGUCAGCUAGCCCUCAAGGCAGGUGUCUUCUAUGAUAAAGUGUCAAAUAUGACGAUAUGGGGAAACCACUCAACUACUCAGGUCCCCGACUUCUUAAAUGCUAAAAUCAAUGGUUUGCCAGUCAAAGAGGUGGUUAAGGAUCAUAAGUGGUUGGAGGAGGAGUUCACUGAAAAGGUUCAAAAGAGAGGUGGUGCGCUUAUUCAAAAAUGGGGAAGAUCAUCAGCAGCAUCAACUUCUGUGUCAAUUGUUGAUGCCAUUCGAUCUUUAGUAACCCCUACUCCUGAGGGUGAUUGGUUUUCUUCUGGCGUAUAUAGCAAUGGAAAUCCUUAUGGAAUAGCUGAGGGUAUUGUUUUCAGUAUGCCAUGUCGAUCAAAGGGCGAUGGUGAUUAUGAACUUGUCAAGGAUGUCAUAUUUGAUGACUACCUCAGGAAGCGGAUAGCAAAGACUGAAGCUGAGUUGUUGGCUGAGAAGAGAUGUGUGGCUCACUUAACGGGCGAGGGAAUUGCUGUUUGUGAUCUACCUGGUGAUACCAUGCUCCCAGGAGAAAUGUAA